AUGUUCUUCCCGGCCGAGGCGGCUUCUUCCCGGAUGUCGCGGGCGAGCAACGCGACAGGGGCUCCCCCCGGGUCCGGUUUGGUCCUUCAGCCCGCCUGGGACUACCUCCGGCAGAACCACCAUGACCUCCUGAGGAGCCCGCUGUUCCCCGUGGCACUCUCCGUUUCUACUUACUUCUUCCUGGUGGGUGUCUACACCAUUCUGGACUUGCUGGCACCCACCUGGCCCAGCAUCAACCGCUACCGUCUGCACCCGGGCGUCUCCGUCACCUGGUCCGGCAUCGCUACCACGCUGGGUGUCACCGUCUACAACCAUCUGUUCUACGUCUUUCCCGCCGCCGUGGGCCAGUGGCUGUGGAGACCGCCCACGCCGCUGCCCUGCCAGGCACCCACCCUCUGGGAGUUCUCCUUAGGAGUCCUGGGCUGCAUGGUGGUCUUUGACUUCCAGUAUUACCUCUGGCACCUGCUGCACCACCGCGUCCCCUGGCUGUACCGCACCUUUCACGCUGUUCACCACGAGUACCGCCGCCCGUUCAGUCUGGUCACGCAGUACCUGUCCGGUUGGGAGCUGGUCAGUGUUGGCUUCUGGGCCACGGUGGACCCAGUUCUGUUGCGGUGUCACUGCCUGACUGCGUGGGGCUUCAUGGUCUUCAACGUCUACGUGUCCACCGAGGACCACUGCGGCUACGACUUCCCGUGGUCCGUGCAGAACCUGGUGCCUUUCGGGCUCUGGGGGGGUGCCCCCAAACACGACGCCCACCACCAGUGGCCCGCCACCAACUUUGCCCCCUUCUUCUCCCACUGGGACCGGCUGGGCGGCACUCACAUGUUGCCGCCCAGCCGCUCACGCGGUUCCCGCGGCAAUUCCAAGGACUAA